GCCCGAGGAAAACCCAAACCCUGAACCCUAGCUUGGCCACCCCCCUCUCUUUCGGCCUCCACUCUCCCCUCUCCUCGCCGCGUAGCCCCUCCCAAAUCCGCUCCUCCGCCGGCUCGCUCGUUUUUCCGGGAGAGGGGCAGCGAGGCUCGAAGAUGUCGUCCCUGCGGAACUCGAUUCCGCGGCGGGCUCACAAGGAGCGCGCCCAGCCGGAGUCGCGGAAGAAGUACGGGCUUCUGGAGAAGCACAAGGACCAUAUCCUCCGCGCCAGGGCCUACCAGCGCAAGGAGGAUUUCAUCAGGAAUCUGAAGGAGAAGGCAUCAUUCAAGAACCCAGAUGAGUUCUAUUUCAAGAUGAUCAACAGUAAAACCGUGGAUGGAAUCCAUAGGCCCAAGCCUGAAGCAAAUAAUAAAUACACCGAAGAGGAACGUAUGCUGUUGAAGCAUAAAGACAUGGGAUACAUCUUUCAGGCUGUUCAAAGUGAAAGAAAGAAAGUUGAACGGUUGAGCUCAACCCUUCACUCAGUGGAUGACAAGCGUUCAAACAAGCACAUUUACUUUGCGGAAGACAGAGAAGAAGCCAAAGAAAUACGAUCUAGGAUAGGUCAAAGCAGCAGUACACCUCAAUUUGGCAACAUCCCUUCUCGUAUAAAGAGGAAAACAGCUUCCUCCUACAAGGAGUUGGAAAGCAGGAAAGAAAGGGUUAAGAAUCUUGAGAAAUUGUAUGCGGACAUGGCCUUGCAGAAGGAACUGAAGAAACCUGGACGCAAAAGGAAGCUCCGUGAAGAAGAAAUUGUAAAUUCAGCAUCACAGACUGUUUACAAGUGGCGUGCGCAAAGGAAGCGAUGAUAGGAAUGACGAAAGCUGGACAUUUGGGAACAGACAAGCUGGCGCUUGAAGAGAUUCUCUUCCCUGUGACAUCGCCCUUGCCCUUCCACAACCCCCCAUCCAUUACUUUCAGAUACCUUUAUAACCUUUGCCUGGUGCUAUUUGUGGAUCCUAUGCCGGAGAAUGUACUGCUAUUAGUCUAUUACCUUAUGUCAAUUUCUCGAAAUGUUAAGUGAUCACAGUCGCCAUGUAAGAACAAUUCUGAUGGGUAUAGUUGAAAAUCAUGCCUGUGUUGUUAUCAAUAUAUUUGUGAUAGAAUUUCA